AUGCCGCCACGCGCGCAGUCCCCCCGCCCUGCCAGCACCGUCCCCCCAUCCGCGCCCCCGCUCUUCUCCGCGCGCCCCUUCCUGCUCGGCGCGGCCGUCGCGCUGCUGCUCUCGCAGGCCGCGCUCCUCGCGCGCCUCCACCCGCCCGCCGCGCCGCUUCUCCGCGCCGCUGGUGCGGGCGGCUCGGCGGGGGAUGUCAGCAGCCCUGGGAAUUCGGAUACACCUGCCCCAGCUGCCACCUGUGCCAUACCGCAGCAGAAGGACCGUGACAGCCGAGUGCAUGCAGCCAUGGCGCGCAGCAUAGAGGCCCUUGCCAUCGCCCUCGCCUGCUCCCACCCCGCCUCCCAUGCACCCCAUGCCCCCAAUGCCUCUCAGUCCGCCCAUCCAUCCCCCGCCCCUGACCCCUCUCUCGCCGCCCUCUCCCUCCCACGCUCCUUCCGCCACACCCACUGCUCUGCUGCCACUGCGCUGCUCCCAACGCCACUGCCCAUUGACACCACACAAACAAGCAGCAGCAGCAGCACUGCUACACAAGGCCGCAAGCUUGACCCCGUUGACCCCGUUGACCGUGUUGACCCUGUUAACAGCACUGACCCCAUGGACCGAGUUGACCGCAUUGACCCAUAUGAUGCUGCUGGCCGUGCCAGGCUGGCUCGAGUGCUUCUCGCCCUCCACCAGUCAUCCUCCUCCACGUGGCUCCCUCCCUGGCUCUCCCACCUCCUGCCCACGUGGCUGCUUCCCAUUGGCCGCAGCACAGCUCCCUCCCGGCACAGCUAUUGGCUGGGCAAGCUGGCAGAAGAAUGGGUGGCACAGGGGGGAGGGGUAGGGGGAGGGGGGGUAGCAGGAGGGGGAGGCGGAGCAACAAGGGCGAUUGAGCUUGGGGUGGAAGGGAGGGUUGCAGUGGGGCUGGGACAGAGCAGUCAGAAUAGUGAAGGCAGUCAGGGCAAUCACGGCAGGCAAGCGGUGCAUGGCAGGAGGUCAGGAGCAAGCAGGGGGAGUGGGUGGUGGGGCGCCAUGUGGAACAGCAGGGCGAGUGCAGGAAAGGGCACAAAGAGUAGGGAAGGCAGGGGGGUUGGGGAUGGGAGAGGCAGGGAGGGCGAGGGACGGCAGUGGAAGUACUUCCUCUCAGCCAUGGCGUUCAACCGUGCUGCCGCUGCUGCUCCCUCUGCUGGCAGUGGCACUGAGAGGUGCCAGGCUGCGCUGUUUGCCAUCUUCCAGUGGAUGGAGUACAUGCGCUACGCGGGCACAGAGCACGUGUUCUGGUACGACUGUGCUGCCAGCGACGCAGAGAGCCAGGCGGCCGCCCUCUCGGUGUACGUGCGGGCAGGGCUGCUCACGUACCACCGCCUGCACCAGAUAGCGCCUCCCCCUGCUGGCGCCGACUACCACUUUGACCAGGACUCCUCGCUCUCGCACUUCCUGCAACACCACCGCCACGAGUCCAAGUGGGUGGCGUUUGCUGACGUGGACGAGUACAUCUUCAUGCCGCCCGACACCCACCCAGGCUUCCUCACGCGCCUCCUGCUGCGCCGCCCAUGCGCCGCCCAACACCCUGCUCCUGGUGGUGCUGGCGGUACAGGAAGAGGGAGAGAGGAAGAGGAGGGAGGGGAGGGGAAGCAGCAUGAGGCAACACAGGUGCUGCUAUACAACCAGUUCUUCAUAGGCUACCCUCGCCCUGCCCCCGCGCGCCUCACUAUAGAGCGAUUCAUCCACCGUCCACACCGUCCGCCCGACCACCAUGACCGCCUGCGGGGCAAGCUGCUGCUACAGCCGGCGGCUGCCCUCGGGUUCCUCUCCCAUGCCCCCCACCGUGCUAUCAUGCACUCCGGAGAGACCAUAGUGGCUGAUACUGGGUUCAUUCGUGUGAAUCACUACUGGGGUGAUAGGGGGCUAUCGGGGAAUGCGAGUGAGAGGGAGAGGGAGGAGGUGGAGGAUGGGUCGGUGGAUGAUAGGAGCAUGCAGGUUGUAGCGGAUGUGAUUAAAAGGAGGUUGAAAUGGGUGGUGCCGGUACUGCCGGUGCUGUGUGAGAGGGAGGCUGUGGUUGGUGCUAUGAUGGAAGCUCAGAGGUUGGCAGAUGUGCUGCUGCAAGCUGUGCAGAUGGAAAAUGGAUGA